AUUGUCGUAAUUUAUGGCUAAUACAGUAUUAUAGUCCAUGUGAUUGAUAUCAUCAGUGAAAAAGUGUGGUUAAAAAAAGUUUUUUUUGCCAUCAAAUACAAGAUAUUUUUCGGGCUUAAGAUUUUUGAUAAGCAAAUUAUUAGUGGAUUUAAUUCAUAGGACACGACAUCGCAGGACAUCACAAAACAUCACAAGACAUCACAAGACAUCACAAGACAUGGAAGAAGCGAUUGUCGCCGCCGACGAUGAAAGCAAUGGCGAAGACAACGCCGUUAACGGCGAUGAAAGUCAAGACAACAACAACUUGUUGUCGAUGUCGUCGACAACACUGAAGAGAUCGCAUUCAAUAUUAUCGUCGGCGUCAUCGGCAGCGGUGGCGUUACCGCAGAAACGUUUCUAUCGGCAGAGAGCCCACUCGAAUCCGAUUGCCGACCAUUGUUUCGACUAUCCAACCGAUCCCAUGGCCAUGGAUUGGCGCCAACACUAUCCGACAGUCGUCGACCCGGAAAUCUUCGACCGUGGUGUCCAGUUUGCCGACAUUGGUUGCGGUUACGGCGGACUACUCAUAGCAUUGUCACCGAUGUUUCCGACAACACUGAUGCUUGGUCUGGAAAUACGGGUCAAAGUUUGCGAUUUUGUUGUCGACCGGAUCGCCGCUUUGCGCCAACAACACGCCGACGAUGCGGACAGCGGUGAUGAUGGCAACUGUGGUAGCGGUGGUGGCGGCAAAUACGCUAACAUAUCGUGUCUGAGAACUAAUGCAAUGAAAUAUUUGCCGAAUAUGUUUCCGAAAGGACAGCUCAGGAAAAUGUUUUUCCUGUUUCCCGAUCCGCACUUCAAAAAACAGAAACACAAAUGGCGUAUAAUAUCCCAGCAAUUGCUCAGCGAAUAUGCCUACUGUUUGGCCAUCGAUGGCCGAGUUUAUGUGGCCACUGAUGUCCGCGAAUUGUACGAAUGGAUGACCGAACAUCUGGAUAGACAUCAGUUGUUUGAAAGUUUAAGGCCUGAAGAGAUUGACGACGACCAAUGUGUACCGAAAUUGUUUGAUUCGACCGAAGAAGGUCAGAAAGUUAGCCGUAAUGGUGGCCAGAAAUUUGUGGCCGUUUAUCGGCGAAUUAAGGAUCCGUUUGAUGGCCAAUGAUAUUCAUUUAUACAAUAUAUAUAUAU